ACUGCCCCGUCUGUACCGGAAGUUUGGAGAGCGGAAAACAUGGCUGCCGUGGCAAGCUUGGUUUCUUCUCCUAGGAUUUCGGGGAGAUUUUAUCUCUUCGCCACUGUAAGAAACGGAAUCUGUGCGUCUGGUUCGGGCAGAUCAUGGAAACGAGAGAGUAGUUCAUACAGUGAGCAGGAAUCCAGUCAGGCAGAUAUGCCUGUCCCAAUGGAAAAUCCGUAUAAGGAGCCUCCUAAAAAGUGUAUCUUAUGCGGUGUAACUAUUGACUACAAGAAUAUACAGCUUUUAUCACAGUUUAUUUCUCCAUACACUGGUCACAUAUUGGGUCAGCAUAUAACAGGCUUAUGUAUGAAGAAACAGCGUGAAAUUGCAAAAGCCAUUAAAAGAUCCCACGCAAUGGGAUUUAUGUCGGUUAUGUAUAAGGACCCAGUGUUUCGCAGCGACCCCAAAAUAUGUAAUAUUAAGUAUCCAGAAUAAAUUGUAUCAAUCAUGCUUAAUCUAUUUUUGUAAUUGCACUAUGUUCAUUACUAGAAUAUUAAUAAACAAGCCAUCAAUAUUUCAGUGACAAGCCUAUUAUUUCACACUGUAUAGAGAGUAUAAAACAAAUAGUAAUUCUUGCUCUGUGGACAAGCGUACAGUGUUAUCAGGAGAGAAAUGUGUCUCUUAAUAGUAAAUAUCUGAUUGCUUCAACCUGUAUAGGGUCUGUUUUCUGAAAUUACAUUAGAAUGCAGUUGCUUCAGAUGCAGGAUAGAAAAUAAACCAUUUUACCUACUGAUAUUGUAUCCCUACUUUGAAUUAGCAUCUCUGGGGCUCACUCCCCCAAAAUGCAAUUUUACUCAUUUUAGCUCAGAUACGUAACAAGGCUGUAGAAAUUCUAAGUAUUAAAACACAAUAUAAAGUGAUAAUUGUGAAUGAAAUUCUUAAAGAUUGGUCUUUUUCACUGUAAUAUUGGUUUUAGGGUCAAUGCUUCAAAAUCAGCAUGCUAUUUAAAGAAACUCCCAUUGCAUUCUUAAUAUAGUUCUCAUUAAAAACAAAAACUCAGGUAGGUUCUUUGAUUCUGCUUUCUGCCACACUCUCUAAGAGUGAGCCAGUGUUUCUCAACCUUGGCAACUUGAAGAUGUGUGGACUUCAACUCCCAGAAUUCCCUAGCCCACCAUG